UACGUAGUCUAGUAUAGUAUAACUACUUUUACUCUCAACUUUAGUGCGUAUUUCAUUAUUGUGCUCAUGGCGGAGAUCUUUGGCGUUGUCGCAGGUGCCGUGAGCCUAGCAGCACUUUUCAAUAAUUGCGUCGACUCUUUCGAAUAUAUUCAACUCGCUCGCCAUUUUGGAGAUGAAUUUGGCCGAUGCCAAUUAAAAAUCGAUAUUUUGAAAUUGAGACUAAGCCGCUGGGGGGAAGCGGCAUCUAUCAACGAAGGCACAAGAUAUCCACCAGACGACAAGCUGGCGCAGCAGAUUCGCAGCAUCUUGGAGGAAAUUGGAUUUCUCUAUCAAGCAAUCCAGAAAUCAUGCAAACGAUACGAAAUCAACGCGACCGAAGAGCAACUGCAACUUUAUACAGAUAGUGACUUGGGUCCAGUUGUACGAUCUGUGCACACCAAGCUUGGUGAAAUUACGCAGAGGCGACAAAAGAAAACGAGUCUUGCUAAGAAAGCGAGAUGGGCGCUCUACGACGGUAAACAAUUAGAAAGGCUCAUUGACCAGGCCAAAGAGUUUUUGGAAGACCUAGAGGCUCUGGUUCCUGUUGAAUCACAGCGUCAGGACCUCGCGAAGCAGGAAGUUGAAUGCUUGAAUGACGCGCCAAGUCUGGAACUUAUGGCGGAAUGUGCCCAGUCCACCGACAUAAUACUGGCUCAGACUAUUGAAGUGACAAUUCAAUCAAAUGAGGUACACAACACAAUUAUAGGAGCUUUAAACACCACAGAUUCUGCUAGGGUAUUUAUAGGCAAUCAACUGUCAAGUGAUUUUGACUCUGCUCGGUCGCUAAACGAGCAAACCAGGAAUUCUGCCAAUUCAGUUCAAGCAGAGGGCACAUCUAGAUUGCACGUUGGCAAUACAUAUGGUGGGAGAAGCUUUUGGGAUGAUUAGCCGGAACAAAACUGUAUAUAUAUUCACUAGAGUCGGUAGAAUGU